AUGGAGCAACGAGUGGAGAAACUCGAAGAGGACGUAAGUACACUCAAUGAUGGGCAGCAGCAAAUCUUGACCAAACUUGAUGGGCAACAACAGGUGCUCACCAAGCUCAGCGAGAUGUUUGAAAGAUUGAUUUCACCAUCAGCUCUUCAACCGGAACUGGAGGUAGGGGAGACGUCACGCAUCCCAAUGCCCAAUCUAGGAGGAACUCGAUUUUCCCUUCUCACCCCACCGGCACGUGCUACUACCUCGCAGCAGUCAUUUACUCCAAGGUUAGUCAAAUUGGACUUUCCGCGUUACAACGGAGAGGAAGAUACGACAAGUUGGACUUGUAGAGCGGAGCAGUUUUUCAACUUCCACCAAACACCUGAGGAGGAGAGGGUGGCAUUAGCUUCUUUCCACUUGGAAGGAGACGCACAGAUGUGGUUCCAGGUAUUUAAGCAAGAUCAAAGAAUGCUGGAUUGGCGCACCUUUUGUGAUGGAUUGCAUUCUAGAUUCGGACCGACCCCCUUUCAAGAUUUCUUUGGGGAGCUCGCUAAGCUGCAGCAACUUGGUACUGUACUAGACUAUCAAUCUCAGUUUGAAAAACUCCUCUCCAAGGUGGGGCAUCUUCCACCACACCGGCAAGUGAGUUUUUUUGUAAGUGGACUAAACAACCAAGUCAAGGUUGACGUCCUUGCUAGCCGCCCCACAACCUUAUCUGCAGCUAUUGGAUUGGCUCGAUUGUAUGAGGCCCGUGACCAAUCACUUGAGAGAAAAAGCAUUCCCCCUGACAUUGAACCUCUUCCCGUUCGUCGAAUCUCACCAACAGAGAUGCAAGAAAGGCGGGCUAAGGGACUUUGUUACAACUGUAAUGAACGGUUCGUGCCAGGACAUCGAUGCAAAAAAUUGUUCUUGCUCGAAGGUUGUUAUGAGGAAGAGGACGCCACGUGGGAAGAAACCGAUGCAAGGCAACACCAACUUUCAGAACUUGGUCUUGAGGACAAGACCAGAAAUUAA